AUGGGACGAGCGCUAGCACCAGCAAAGCCUGCGCGCUCCCCAGCAAAGACCCGCAAAGAGCCCAUACCAUACCAGCAAAGAGCCCAUACCUAUUACCAGCCACCCACUCCGCUCGCAUCCAUCUUCAGAUACCACUCAGGAACCCAGGGUUCCCCCCAACGCCCCAAACCCCCGAGCCACAAUAUCGGGAAACCACCAGUCACACCACCCGGAAACCCGCGACGGACCUGCGAUGUGGCGCUCCAAUCCGUACACGAGGGCGGUCAUGUGUCCCCUCUCGCCCCUCGCAAGCUGGGAAUCGCCGAAUCAUAA